AUGCAGGCUCUAAUCAGGCUGGUGCUGCGAGCUAAAAUCAAGGUCGCGUUGCGAGCUCGAUUCAGGCCCGAGAUGCACGUACCACUACCACCAUCGAGGAAGGCACCCCAGCUGUCGUCAUCACCGCCUCCACAGAGGCCGACAACUGCGCCCCAGCCGCCAUCGUCGCCGCCUCCACCACAACACCACGCUCUUGGUCACGCCGUCCAAGACCCCACUGUACUCUCGACCACCAAGACGGACACCCCGAGUCACUACAUGCCGGCCUCUCCUCUCGUCAGCGACGAGAACACAUCGCUCGGAUGUCACGCUAUGUCAGCUCACGCCUUCCCUCGUAGCCCACCGGCAGUGACGACCCUACAGCUCACGGGUCAGCCCUUGCCGCGCGCGGAUCCCCUACACGGACAACAGCGACUCAGCCGCCAUGCACUCCACCCACACUCAGGGUGA